AUGAUCAAUAGCAAAUACAGCGAGGAGUUGGCUGAAGAAUGUCUGGAAUGGAUCAGACAGAUCACCGGGGAGCCCGACAACACAUCGGGGGACAUGGACAACUUCUUCGAAGUGCUCAAGGAUGGCACCCUUUUGUGCAAGCUUGUGAACAACAUCAAACCAGGAAUGGUGAAGAAG